AUGUUUGUAGAUGGGUCUUCCAAUGAGAAUGGAGGAGGAGCAGGCCUUAUCUUGGUCUCCUCCAAGGGGCAUAGGGUUCACAGUGCCUUAAGGUUUGGCUUUGACGCCUCAAACAACGAAGCCGAGUAUGAGGAUUUAAUUUUCGGACUCCGAGCUUCCCUAGAGCUCAAGGCUGAGGGACUCAAAAUAUUCAGUGAUUCUCAGCUUGUCGUGAACCAGAUCCUCAGAGAGUACCAAGCUCAGGGAACCGAGAUGGCCGCAUAUCUGGCCAAGACCCAAGAAAUGCUGGACAUUUUCAAAAGGUUUACCAUUCGACAAGUACCAAUGGAGCAUAAUUCUAAUGUUGACGCUCUGGCUAAACUCGCUACCACCAAAGACGCAGAGUUGCUCAACGUGGUUCCGAUUGACUACUUGGCUUCUCCAAGCAUCACGACUCCCAAGGAGGUAAAGGUGGUCCAGUCCCCAAACAGUUGGAUGAGACCAGUUUUGAAGUAUCUUGUCUUCAGAGAGUUACCGCAAAACAAAAAAGUGGCUCAGAAGCUACUUUACUAG